AUGGCGAAGUUCUUCAGCGGCGUCUUCAACUACGUCUUCAACGAGUUGUUGGUGGACACGCUCGCCAACAGCCGCGCGUUCCAGAGGUUCGCCGUGCGCACCGACAAGGCGCUGAGGGAGGCGCAGGCGAGCGGCAAGCUCACGGACGUGGCGAAAGCCCCUGGCGAGGCGGCGAAGACCGCGACGGAGUACGGGAGGGCGGUGUGGGACGAGCUCACGCGGCAGGCGGCGGAGAUGGAGCGGAACGCGAAGCAAAAGGCUGGAGGGGGCAAGUGA